GAACCCGUGUGCACCGUGAUCGAGAGACCGGGCGUGCGAGAGUUUCUGGCGCAGCUCGCUACGUUCGCCGAGGUUUGCGUGUUCACGGCGGGCAUGGAAGGGUACGCGAAACCCCUUUUGGACGCGAUCGACCCCGCCGGUGACUCGAUUCACCACAGACUGUACCGGCAGGCGUGCGUGAAGACGCCCAUCAGGGACCACGUGAAGGACAUCAGCCGGCUGGGCAGGGAUCUCAGCGCGACGGUGAUCGUGGAUAACAACCCGUUCUCGUUUCUCCUCCAGCCGCACAACGGGAUACCGAUCGUGAGCUUCACGGGGGACCCCGGGGACGACGGGUUGUUGCGGCAGCUGCUGCCGGUGCUGCGUAGGCUCGGCGACGCGGUGGCGCGCGGGGAGGACGUCCGGCCCUUCUGCCGGCGUCAGUUUAAGAUUGA